AUGGAUGAAUCACCUCUGGUGGAUCAGACUUUAUACAGGUCAAUGAUAGGCAGUCUACUGUAUUUGAUGGCAUCGAGACCAGAUAUCUUGCAAUCAGUUUGUUUAGUGGCCAGGUUUCAGGCAAAUCCCAAGGAGACACACUUGUUGCCACUGAAACGGAUUUUUAGGUACUUGAAAGGUACAAUGGAUUAUGGGUUAUGGUACCCAAGGACAGACCACUUCACAUUUACUGCAUUUUCAGAUGCAGAUUGGGCCGACAGUAUUGAUGACAGAAAAAGCACUAGUGGUAGUGCUUUCUAUUUGGGGAAAAGCUUGGUGGUAUGGCAUAGUAAGAAAUAA